AUGGAUGUAGAACGGUCUGCCGGCAUUUUGGACGCGUCAGAGGCCACCGAGCUGGGCAAGAAAAAGCAAAGCUCGAUUGCCGAAGACCGAUCUAUUGGCCAUGGAGAGAAUGACCUGCUUGGCGGGGAGAAGGUGGAUGCGGUGCUAGCGGCCAAGAUGGUCCUGGUGAACGAUGUGAGUCGCAUGCGCGAGCUACUCGGGUUCUUUUGCCAUGCUAUUGAUGAGAUCGGAUUCACGCCCCAUCAUUGGAAAUUGUUCUGUCUCAACGGCUUCGGUUACGCCGUGGACUCUUUGAUCCUGCUGAUUCAGUCCAUCAUCUCCACUCAAGCCCAGAAGGAGUUUCACCCGGGAUACUCGACUGGUCUCACCAUUGCCGUCUAUGUGGGCAUGCUGGUGGGCGCCAUCUUCUGGGGGUUUUCGGCGGAUAUCAUCGGACGCCGCUUUGCCUUUAACGUGUCUCUGUUCGUCUCCUCCGUGUUCACCAUUGUCGCGGGUGCCUCUCCCUCAUGGAUCACACUGGGUCUAUUUGUUUGUUUGAGCGCCUUUGGAUCUGGAGGAAAUCUGGUCCUGGACACGACCGUGUUCCUCGAAUAUUUGCCCAGUCGGGAUCAAUGGUUGUUGACUCUGAUGGCGGCAUGGUGGGGUUUGGGUCAGUUGAUUGCUGGUUUGUUUGCCUGGGGGUUCCUCCCAAACUAUUCAUGCAAUGAUGACACCAAUUGUACGCGGGACAAUAACCAGGGAUGGCGUUACGUCUGGUAUACAUCUGGAGCGUUUGUCUUUGUUCUCUCAAUUCUUCGAAUCACCAUCAUUCGACUCGAGGAGACGCCGAAGUUCCUUUUGGCCGAGGGUAAAGACGCCGAAGCCGUUCGCGUGCUGCAAAACAUUGCAACAAAGUACCAACGGCCGUGCAGUCUCACCCUAGCGCGUCUAGAAGCCUAUGGCACAACCCAAGCCCGAUCAACCACUGCCGUUGGUCUCUCCCAGCGUCUCAUCUCGCCCAAGGAAGUGCUUCUCCAUUUUCAGGGGCUGUAUGCUACCCGGAGAAUGGGAUGGUCGACCACUCUGGUUUGGUUCUCCUGGCUCCUGAUUGGCCUAGCAUACCCUCUAUACAAUGUCUUUCUCCCCACAUAUUUGGCAUCGAGAGGGGCCAGCUUUGGGGAAUCCAGCCAAUACAUCACAUGGCGUAACUAUGCCAUCAACAACACUUGUUCCAUUUUUGGUCCGGUCGUGGCAGGCUUCAUGUGUCGCUCUCGCUGGUUCUGGGGUCGACGGGGAACCAUGAUUAUCGGUGCCUUGAUCACUAUGGUCUUCUUCUUCUGUUACACUCAAGUGCGGACCGCGAGCCAGAACCUUGGGUUCACCUGCGCCAUCUCUUUCUGUCUAAACAUCUACUACGGCACGCUUUACGCCUACACACCUGAGGUAUUUCCUUCUGCACACCGCGGAACGGGGAAUGGAGUGGCUAUCGGUCUCAAUCGAAUUAUGGGCAUUGUAAGCGCAGUGGUUGGACAAGCUGCUAAUACAAGCACAUCAGUUCCCAUCUUCAUUUGUGCCGCACUCUAUAUCGUGAUGGCCAUCGUGGCGGCAGCAUUCCCAUUCGAACCAUAUGGCCGUCGCAGCAGCUGA